AUGAUGGUCACUUCCGAGUUUGUUGAGCAUGCAGCCCUUGGCUUUGCCUUUGCUGUAUUGGCUCUCUUCGUAUUAGCUAUUGCUCUAAUUGCAGUUGUUCUCAUCACAAUCUCUCAUAACUGCUGGUGGCAAUGUGAUACGGAAAGCGAUCCAUUAUUGGAAGACUAUAUCAACUAUAUGCCCGAACCAUUAUCAGAACCUAUCGAUACUGUUGUUGGCAUAACUCCCAAGCAUGCUGAUAUUGUUUGA